ACAUAUGAACAUCUACUAGUCAUAAGGUGUACAGUCUAACAUACCAACUUUUGACUCGAGCAGCCCAAGCAAAAGAACAUGACCGUUGUCUGCCUUUCUGCCGAAUCAAGAAAUCAUUAUUAAAAGACUUUCUGAAUUGGAUUUUCAGCAAACAAUGAUAAAUCAGAAAAGAUACGGCAUAUCGAUGAUAUCAUUCACCAAUAACCCCCAAAACAUUUACAAUUUAGUAAAAAAGAGAACUCAUCUGUCCCCCUUUUACCAAAUAUCGCAUCAUAAAAACCUACAACAGAGCAAAAGACCCACUGUGCUCUUCAUAAGCAGAGUUCGUCCUCAUUCUCCAGCUCUCAGGCUACUGCUGCACUUCUAGCUUGGCGAGAAAGAGAGAGAUGGGAGAGGUAGACUGCAAGAAGCCGAAAGUGGUGAUCGUCGGAGCCGGAAUGGCUGGCCUAGCCGCCGCGCGGCGUCUCCACGUCUGCGCCGGCGAUUUCCUCGACCUGGUUGUUGUUGAGGCAGGCGACCGAAUCGGCGGCCGCAUCCUCACCUCUGAGUUCUCCGGCGCUUGUGUCGAGAUGGGCGCCACUUGGAUUCACGGCAUUGAAAGGAGUCCAGUCUACGAAAUCGCUAGGAAAGCCGGAGCUCUAAUCCCGGACCGCCGAGAGAAGGACGGCGAGUCCUUCUUCCCAUGGGAACGCAUGGAUGGUUUUCCUUCCGAUACCCUAACCAUAGCAGAGGGGGGCCAAGUUAUGGACCCCUCUCUUCUCCGCCGCAUCUCCGCCCUCUUCUCGGACCUCAAAUCUCUGAUCGUCUCCGGCGAGACUGCCGCCGAUACGGAAAUCGUCAGCGUCGGCGCGUUCCUCCGCAACGGAUUCGACUUGUACCGAGCCGCAAACGGCGGCGAUUGGAUGGAGGAGGCGGCGUUUGCGAUGCAUGAGUGCGGCGAGAGGGAGUACACGGCGGUUGACGAUCUGUGCUCGCUCGAUCUCGCGGCAGAGGAGGAGUACAUGGAGUUCCCCGGCGAGCACAUCACUUUGCCUGGAGGCUACUCCAGGGUCCCGGAGUUUCUCGCCGCCGCGCUCCCUCGCGGCACGAUCCGGCUCGGCCGAGGCGUCUCUCGCGUCGAAUGGUGCCUCUCCGGCCGCCAUCGGGUGAGACUCCACUUCGAUGACGGCGAGGUUGAGCAUGCCGAUCACGCGAUCAUCACCGUCUCUCUCGGUGUCCUCAAGGCGGGGAUCAAAGGCGCCGGGGGGCUGCUGUUCUCGCCGUCCCUACCGGAAGCAAAGCGUGGGGCGAUAGACCGGCUAGGGUUCGGCUUAGUGAACAAGCUUUUCAUGGAGGUCGAAGGAGGAAUUAAUAAGGUGAAAUCUCCGUUUCCCUUUCUGCGGAUGGCGUUCGAUCCCGGAAGGCACAUGUCGGAAAUCCCUUGGUGGAUGAGGAGGACGGAUUCCAUCUGCCCUAUUCACGGCGGAUCUAACGUGCUCCUCGCGUGGUUCGUCGGCCGGGAGGCGGCGGAAAUCGAGAAGAUGGAGGAGGACGAAAUCAUUCACGGCGUUCACGCAACACUCGCCGGUUUCUCACCGGAAUCUACGGCCGGCGGGGAGUUCGGGAGGAUCUCGAAGGUGAGGUCAAGCGGAUGGGGGAGGAAUCCCCGGUUUUUAGGGUCCUACAGCUACGUGGCUGUCGGAUCGAGCGGGGACGAUCAGGAUGCGCUGGCGGAUCCGGUGGACGGUUCGCUCCAGCUAUUAUUCGCUGGGGAGGCCACGCACCGAACACGGUACGCGACCACUCACGGCGCGUACCUUAGCGGAGUACGAGAAGCCGACCGCUUGGCGCGUUACUACGGCUUCGAAAGCUGCGGAGGCUGAGAUGGUUGGCGAGGCCAGCUCACGAAUAGGAGAGCUAGCUAUUGAUUAAUGAAUAAUUAUACUUAAUUAAAAGAUGUUUUUCUUGGGUUGGUUUAAAUAUGGAGAGGCUGAGGUGUGAGGGUUAUUGUAGAUACAACAAGUCUACACUUUGAUGGCCUUUUGUAAUUUAGUGAGGAUUGGAGAGAGAGAGAGAGAGAGAGAGAGAGAGAGAGGAAAAAAAGGACCAGAAGGUGGUCCAGAUUAUGGGCUGGCCAUGACUUGUCUUGUAGUUUCUUUUUUUCUUUUUUUUUUUUUGGGGGAUUUUAUUUUUAUUUUGUUUGCCAUUUUGGAUACUUCCAUGAUUGAGGCUGGGAUUUGUUGUU